AUGUCUACCGAUGCAAAAGAAAAAUCUAAAGGUAAUAAUAACAAAAAUGAGAAAUCAAUGUUGGAAGACGCUUCAACACUAUUAAUGUUUUCAAACUUUAGUAAGCCUUCUGAAGAAGAGCCAAGCAACAUUGAAAAUACAGGUGUCUCUCCAGAAUCGGAUCCAGCUGCUCCAUUGAAGAGGGCAAAUUCAGAAGAUCAAGAUAGUGACCUUUUGAAGGAUGAAAAAAGACAAAAAUUACAAAGUAAUAGCAACAAUAAUAGUAGUAAAUGGCCUGUUUCUGAUGAUUAUAUAGUGGACCCAGAUUCAGGAAUAAUCACCUGUAUUUGUGGUUUUGACGAUGAUGAUGGGUUUAGUAUUCAAUGUGACCAUUGUAACAGGUGGCAACAUGCAAUCUGUUAUAGCAUAGAAGAUAUGGAUAAUGUACCUGAAGAUUAUCUAUGUAAUACUUGUCAGCCAAGAAACCUAGAUACUAAAAGAGCAAGAAAAUUACAGUUGAAUAGAAUUAAAAAACAAUCUGUGCUCUUAGGGAUAAAUCAGGCCCCAAUAGUUGCUCCUACCCCCACCGAAACUAAUGAUACUGGAAAUUCAACAAAUCAUAACACAAGAUCGAAAUCAGAAAAUAAUAAAGGAAAUGAUACUGUAUCAGCAACAGAACCGGAAUCAAAGAAACCUGAACCAGAUACUAAUGUUAAUAGUAAUAAUAACAAUAAUAAUACAAGUAGCAAUUCUACAAUUGACAAUAACACUAACAAUAAUGCAACAAAGAAGAAACAAGAAGUAUUCUAUUUAUCUGCUAAAAGUUCAUAUAAAGCAAUGUAUUUACCACUUCAUGAAAAUACUUAUUAUGAUAAAUAUAUUCCAUUAUUUAUGGAGAAGCAUGAAAAUGACGAUUUUAUAAAAACAGUUUCAAGUAGCAGCCAUAUUAAGGGAUUACCAAUUGAAGUUAAAUCUUAUUCCGACGCUACGUAUGCCAGAAUUUUCCCAGGUUUUACCAAACUGGGUGUUUAUUUACGUAAAAGUUGUGAGAAAGGAACUUUUAUUCACGAAGUCCUAGGUGAUGUUAACUUUAAAAGUCAGUAUGUUCUAGAUUCUAGGAAUCAUUAUAGAAUAUGGGGUACAUCAAAACCAAAGGUAUUUUUUCAUCCAGAAUGGCCGUUAUAUAUCGAUUCAAGAUUAUCAGGAAAUACUACAAGAUACAUAAGAAGAAGUUGCAACCCAAAUGUCAAACUAAGCACGGUCAAAGUUGUCCAAAAUGGAAAAUCAAAGAUAAAAUUUGUAUUACGUGCCACUAGAGCAAUAGAUGAAGGUGAUGAAAUACACUUACCGUGGAUGUGGGAUAAAAAAAAUAUUAUAUGGAAAAUAAUUGGCGAUGAUGCGUCUGUUGUAUUUGAUACUUUAAAUGAUUCUGAAAAAUAUUUAUUGAUAAAUUCGGUAGAUACCAUAUUAAGAAGCUGCGAUUGUGCAUGUGGUAAUAACAACAAGGACUGUUAUCUACUAAAAGUUAAGAAAUAUUCUCAAUCAAUGUUUAGGUCAGUUAAAUCAAAAAUGAAUAACCGUUAUAAAUUAAAUGAAAUAUUGAAUCAAUACCAGGGAAAAAGAAGAAGACAGCCACAUAUUCUUAUCAGAUUAGCACAUGAAAUAUAUGAUAAUCAGGAAAGGGCUACUGAGAUGAUAUCAGAUUACAACUCCCAAAAAUUAAAAUUUUUAGAGUCUAAGGAGAUGGGGAAAGAAAAACCAGAUCCUCGAUCAGAGGAAAAAAGUAAAUUACCCAAUAAAACUCCAAAUAAUGAAUUUUCAAGGAAACCAUAUAAAUGGAAAUUACUUUCUAAAGAAGUCACGAAUAGCGUUAGAAAUCAAUCCGACGUCGAAAUAAUUGAAAGACCAUCAGAAUAUAAUGAAUUAUCGAUAUCAGAUCUAGAUAAACUUCCUGUUAUUAUUGACGUAAAUAUUGAUGAAGUCGCAAACAAUUCAUUAGUUCCAGCUGGCAAUAAUCCUAAAACUCCGCAAGAAAGUGAAGGAAUUUUUAGAGAUCCUGAAACUAAGGAACAAAUUGUAACCCAAACGAUAAUAUCUUCCCCAUCAUCGCAGAGUAGGAACUCUAUUAGUAUUAAUCCUACUACCAUUGCUGAAGACAUUAAAACGGGAAGAGAUUCUGUAGAUAGUCUGAAACCAUUAAAAAAGAAAUUAAGUUUUGCUGAUUACAGAAAAAAGCAAAUCAAAUAA